UAAAAUUUUCCAGCUGUGUGACUGAGGGUUUCGAAUCCAUCCACUUGCUCUAACAGUCAGUUUGGCCUUAGGCAGUUAAAAAUAAAAACAACAUGCGCCAGUGAUUUUCUGUGCUGGCACUGACCAACUGGACAGCCGAGCGCCGAUAGUUACGACGUUAACGUCAAUGCAGUGCGGCUGAAAUCCAAUGAGCGCUCCACCCCUCUAUCCGGAAAGCAAAACACAGCACUUGCCUGCUCUGUUUGUUUGUCUUAACUGCUAUACACUGUUGCUAUAUAAUGUCCACUGGCAUGCACGCAUCUCGUCCCCAGGUUAUGUCACAUUCCAGGGAACAUGUCGGGACAGGGUGCGCACCUGAAACCAAACAGAAAAUAAUCACGCGCACCCUCUUUUCAUCCAGCGGAGGAAUGUCAUGUUUCCACUUCAGCUGCUGGAUGACAUGAUUCCUUGAAAAUUCUGCCAAACCCUUGAGCAGAGAAACACUUUUAGAGUUUGUGCUUUUAUCUCUUAUCUUUAUGAUAAACAGAGAUUUUUUUUUAGUCAUAGUUUUUAACACACAAGCUGGAAAAUAUCUGAUCACACCUCUCCCGUCCACAGCUGCACUUUCAUAUUUCCUGCCUCUCGCUGUUGUCUUUUGUCUUUUAUUUGAUCCUGUGCUGCCAGUUUUACCUUCUGUCCACCCCAUCUCUCUCGCUCUGUGUCACCGUAUGUCGAUUAACCAGUCAUGGCAGUGACAUGUGGAAUUUUUCAUUCCCUCGCCCCAGGGGCACCAUGCUGUCUGUGCCUGUGUAUCGUACUGUUUUUUUUUCCACCCCUGCCUUCUCUCUCUCUCUCUCACACACACACACACACACUCAUUCUCUCUCUGUGGCAUUAUUCUGAGUCAGCCGGUGGGGAGGUCUGUGGUUUGUUGUUUGUUAUGCAGCCAGCUGCAUGGGGCAGUAGUAGUAGCCGUCAGUGACUGAUCUCCUCUCCAUGGCCUGUCGUCCCCCCGGCUCUGGCUCCUACACUGUGGUGAUCAUCCCGCUCAGGACCAGCCUCUACAGCCUGGACGCACUUCGCUUCUACCUAUGGGUUAAGCGUCUGAAGGAUCUGGAACAGGAGAAGGACGCUCUGUGCUCCGGUCUGGAGAUCCUGGAGAAGGCCCGUCUCUGGUACCUCCAGCGGCUGGAGGAGAACAGAGCCAGGCAGGAAAACAUCGAAACCAAGAGUAAGCUCAGCUCCUGUCAGGAAGGUGCAGCAGAGGCUCAGUCUUGCCUCCUCAGAUCUCGUAUCCAGCGGGUGAAUGGCUCUCUGGGAUCUGUGAUGAGUGAACCUUAUGUCACCAGCUGCAGCAACCCGUCUCUGCCUGACGCAGUGGCAGACAGCGACCUCCGGUGGCACAACACGGUGCUGACUCAGGAGGUGAGUGACAAGAACCGUCAGAUCUCCAAAUUAGAAUGGGAAAAAGACGCUCUCCUCGAACAGCUUGAUCAACUGCAGGCCCACUGACUGCAUACAAACACACGAGCUAUCCUGCAAAUUUACAUUUGACUCCGUCUGACACAGUUGCUUACUUUUAACCGCUUGUAAAUAUGUAUUUAAAUCAAUAAAUUACAUUAAAGGAUG